AUGCAAUCAGAGAACAUGAUGCAGCAACCGCUGGAGAAUGAAUCCAGCGUUUCAGUAUUUAAACUCUCCGGUCUGAAUGAAACAAUGGAGAACAGAUAUGUGUUGUUUUCUUUCACUUGCCUCUUUUAUCCUCUGAUGGUGUUCUGUAAUGUCGCAGUAAUGUUCACUAUAAUGUCAAAUAGGAAGCUUCAUGAGCCAAUGUACAUGUUUAUAUGUAAUCUGUGUGUAAAUGGGAUUUUUGGCACUGCUGGCUUCUAUCCUAAAUUCUUGUAUGAUUUAUUAGCUCAUGAUCAUGUGAUUUCUUAUGUUGGCUGUCUAAUUCAGAUAUUUGUCAUUUAUUCGUCUGCAUUGUGUGACUUUUCAACACUAACGGUGAUGUCUUAUGACAGGUAUGUGGCAAUAUGUAGACCACUGGAGUAUCAUUCAAUAAUGACAAGCCGUAUGAUUCUUAAGUGCAUCCUUUUCUGUUGGCUGGCUCCAUUUGUUUGCAUGUCUGUACUCAUUGUGUUAAUAGCUAGGCUCGCUUUAUGUGCCUCCACUAUUGAAAAGUUAUACUGUGAGAUUUGGGCAGUGGCUAAACUUUCAUGUUUUUCCACAACUGUAAAUAACGUGUUCGGGUACAUUGUUAUUCUUACAUAUUUUGGACAUGCAGUAUUGAUAUUUUGCUCAUACAUUCACCUGAUUAAAAAGUGUAUGAAGUCAAUGGAAGUCAGACAUAAAUUUAUACAAACAUGUGUGCCGCAUCUGCUUUCGCUGAUCAAUGUUACUGCUGCGUUGUUGUUUGAUGUGUUGUACAGUCGUUAUGGUUCAAGGAAUCUGCCACAAAGCGUGCGUAAUUUCAUGGCGCUUGAAUUCCUAGUCAUUCCACCCAUUUUAAACCCUCUGAUUUAUGGACUAAAUCUGACAGCUGUACGCCAACAAGUUAUAAGACUCUAUUUCAAAAAACAUGUGGCAAUAUCUGACUGA